ACUUCAGCGCGUCUAUUGGCUUCUUCCAACUCCGAUUAUCAUUCUUUAUCAUUUUUCAGGUUUCAUAGCACGACUAGUUAUAAAAAGCAAACUGUAUUUUAAAUGAAUAUAUGCCCCCAGCAAAAUGGCGUCUUGUGUCAGUGCUGGCACCUAUUUGACAAUCACGCAGUUGGAAAUUAGACAACAUGGCGUCCGUAGUUUGGUGGGAAUGAUGGACUGGAAAAAUGUAAUCUGAGAGGCCGUGUGCAAUCUAAUUCCUGGAGAGGAACAGGAGGAAUAGCAUCUGUCAUCUGAAGAAGAGUUGUGAGUACUGUACCACUCCAAGCAAGCUUUACAGCCUAAAAUGAGCACAAUGGACCCUCCCAAUCCGCAGUACACAAAGAGUUUGAUAUGCUGGAAAAAGCGAGUUCGUUUAGAAUUUAUGCGUCUUCAGCAGCUAAAACGUUUUCAGGCAAAUUCAGCAGCCACGACUCAGUAUAUAGAAAAUUUCUCAAAAGUUCAGGAAAGGAUAAAGCUUUUAAAUGAAGAUUGGCAGAAGCUAAAGGUGCAACCGGUUCCAGUGAUGAAGCCUUCACAUGGACACCCUUUUUUAAAAAAGUGCACUAUGGAAAGUACAUUUCCUGGUUUUCCUUUCCAGAGUAUAUACAUGAGGUCUCUGAACACUGUGGCUCUAGUUCCCAUCAUGUACUCAUGGUCUCCCUUGCAGCAAAACUUCAUGGUGGAAGAUGAGACUGUCCUAUGCAACAUACCCUACAUGGGAGAUGAGGUGAAAGAGGAGGAUGAAACUUUUAUUGAGGAACUUAUUAAUAAUUAUGAUGGAAAAGUACAUGGGGAAGAAGAGAUGGAUGUACCUUCUGCCAUCCUGACAAAUCCACGUUUACAUGACCGUGAGCGAGUGUUCAGGUAUGGCCACUCCUUUUCUGCUGGAAGAAACAGCACCAUGAAAACAGGUUCUGGUCUCCUGGAUGAUGCAUCUUUCCUGGAGUUGAUGGAAGCUCUUCUUCAGUAUGCAGAUGAAGAAGACAUUGAGCAGAAUGACCCUGUGGAGUGCAAGGAGGAGGAAGCGAAGGGGGAUGGGCCUAUGACACGAAAGAGGAAACGAAUUGCAGCAGAAGAUGAGUCACAGACAAGCCUGGGCAGUAACGCUACCCUCUUAACAGUACCACAAGAAAUGGAAAGAGAAGGGGAGGAUAGGUCUACAGCUCAAAGCAAAACACGAGACAAGAGCCUCUGCAAAAGCCACAUGCCAAAUGAUCUCAUCUUUAAUGCUGUAUCUGCUGUAUUUCCAGAACGAGGUUUUCCAGAGGAAGUAAAAGAAAGGUACAGGGAGUUGACAGAAGCUUCAGAUCCCAAUGCUCUACCACCUCAAUGCACUCCUAACAUUGAUGGCCCUUGUGCCAAAUCUGUGCAGAGGGAACAAUCACUGCACUCCUUCCACACACUUUUUUGCCGACGGUGUUUUAAAUAUGACUGCUUCCUACAUCCCUUUCAUGCAAGUCCUAAUGUUUACCGAAGGCGGAAUCGAGAAAUCAAAAUAGAGACCGAACCUUGUGGAGCUCACUGCUUCUUGUGGCUGGAUGGGGCCAAAGAGUAUGCUAUGAUGAACAAUCCUAGAUCCAAGUGCUUAGGAAGACGCAGAAGGAAAAACACUUCAGUCAGUGCAUCCUGUGCAAGUACUUCAUCAUCCACAGUUUCAGAAACAAGAGAAGGUGAUAGUGAUAGGGAAACCAGCAACGAAUGCGCUUCCAGUUCUUCAGAGGCAAAUUCACGUUGCCAGACCCCAACCAGGCAAAGGCAGAGCAGUGUAAGUGGUGAACUUCCAGAUGUAUCCGAACCCACUGAACCUGUAGAAUGGUCUGGAGCAGAGGAAUCUCUCUUCAGAGUCUUCCAUGGAACGUUUUUCAACAACUUCUGUUUAAUAGCCCGCCUGAUGGGCACCAAGACAUGCAAACAGGUUUUCCAGUUUGCUGUAAACGACUCAAUGAUUCUUAAGGUACCUGCAAAGGAAUUAAUGAGCACGGCACAGAAGAAGAAGAGAAAACAUAGGUUGUGGGCUGCUCACUGUAGAAAGAUUCAGCUAAAGAAAGAUAAUUCUGCUAAUCAAGUGUACAACUACCAGCCAUGUGAUCACCCAGAUCAUCCUUGUGACAGCACAUGUCCUUGCAUUAUGACACAAAACUUCUGUGAAAAGUUCUGUCAGUGUAACCCAGACUGUCAAAACAGAUUUCCUGGAUGCAGAUGCAAGACCCAAUGCAACACAAAGCAGUGCCCCUGUUACCUGGCAGUGAGAGAAUGUGAUCCGGAUCUGUGUCUCACAUGUGGGGCAUCUGAACACUGGGACUCCAAGGUUGUGUCCUGCAAGAACUGCAGCAUUCAGAGAGGCCUAAAGAAGCACCUGCUCUUGGCACCAUCAGAUGUUGCUGGCUGGGGAACCUUUAUUAAAGAGUCUGUCCAGAAGAAUGAAUUUAUCUCUGAGUAUUGUGGAGAGCUGAUUUCCCAGGAUGAAGCUGAUCGGAGGGGAAAGGUUUAUGACAGAUACAUGUCAAGUUUUCUGUUCAAUCUCAACAAUGAUUUUGUUGUCGACGCUACUCGUAAAGGAAACAAAAUUCGUUUUGCAAAUCACUCAGUGAAUCCUAAUUGUUAUGCUAAAGUGGUCAUGGUGAAUGGAGACCAUCGCAUUGGUAUAUUUGCCAAAAGAGCAAUCCAGGCUGGUGAAGAAUUAUUCUUUGACUACAGAUACAGCCAGGCUGAUGCUUUGAAAUAUGUUGGCAUUGAGAGAGAGACCGACUUAACCUGACGCAUUCCUGCCUUGGUGGCUUCCUAAGCCUUGUUACUGCACAGUGUGACAAUAUUGUGUAUGUUUCAACUAGAUGUGUCUGUGUUUGACCAAAUAGUCACGUUUACUUUAAUGUCUUUGACAAGUACAGUACAUCAUAAUUUGAUAGUGUCGUCUUCCAAUGCAUUUGCUUGGAUGCACAUCAGUGCCUAAUACCAAGAAUUUGGAACCCACACAGUUAUUUUCUAGUAUUUCUGAACCUUUUUAAAGCAUUUAUACCUCUAUCUGUCCUGUCGUAGAAAAUGUUGUGAAUGUCGAGUAUGUAAAGUAACAUGGUAUGUACGUAUUAAAUAUAUACCUGUAUGUUUGCAGUAAUAUGCAUGGUUAUAUAACCAUUUGAUGUAUAAAAAGCAAUAUGGAAUAUCUAUGAUAAGAAAUAUGUAUUUGUAUUUUGAAAGCUAUCGUUUAAUCUGUAUAAUCUUGUAUGAAUGUUAUCUGUGUAUCUGUAAAACAGCUAUACUGCUUGUAAUAAUUGAACGGACGCUCCUACUGCAGGCUUCAAGCAGAAGUCUUAGGACAUUCAAAAAACAAAAAGCUUGUAUUUUAAUAUUUCUACUUAUAAUGUAGUAAUGUAUUGUAUUGUGAUAUCUGUAUACAACUGUUACUUGUAACUUAUUUGUUAUCCUUAGUCUACGCAAGUUAAUUAAAAUGACUUCACCAGUG